GCGGGGAAGAAGGGCGGGCGGUGGCGCCAAGAUGGCGGUGCAGGCCGUGCACUUGGAGGCCGACGCCUUCCUCGUGUGCCUUAAUCACGCGCUGAGCACCGAGAAGGAGGAGGUCAUGGGGCUCUGCAUCGGGGAGGUUGAUACCAGCAGAAUUGUCCACAUCCAUUCUGUGAUCAUCCUGCGCCGCUCUGAUAAGAGGAAAGACCGUGUGGAAAUUUCUCCAGAGCAGCUUUCAGCUGCCUCUACUGAAGCAGAGAGGUUGGCUGAAAUGACAGGACGGCCCAUGAGAGUUGUGGGCUGGUAUCACUCUCAUCCUCAUAUCACUGUCUGGCCAUCGCAUGUGGAUGUCCGUACUCAAGCUAUGUAUCAGAUGAUGGACCAAGGUUUUGUAGGGCUUAUUUUCUCCUGUUUCAUUGAGGACAAAAACACAAAGACAGGCAGGAUUCUCUACACCUGUUUCCAGUCCAUUCAAGCCCAGAAGAGUUCUGAAUAUGAAAGGAUUGAAAUUCCUAUUCAUGUUGUCCCCCAUGAAACCAUUGGUAAAGUGUGCCUGGAAUCAGCUGUAGAGCUGCCCAAGAUCCUUUGCCAGGAAGAGCAAGAUGCCUACAGGAGAAUUCACAGCCUCACCCAUCUAGACUCCGUAACCAAGAUUCAUAAUGGCUCAGUGUUCACGAAGAACCUCUGCAGCCAGAUGUCUGCCAUCAGUGGGCCGCUGCUUCAGUGGCUGGAGGACAGACUGGAGCAGAACAAACAGCGGGUGCAGGAGCUGCAGCAGGAGAAGGAGCAGCUUUUGGAGGAAUUAGCUGCUUUGGAGUGAAAGAGGAAACAGACCUUUCAGAAAAGAGACAUGAAUAAAACUCUGCAAGACCUACCUGUGGCUGAAAGGUGGCCCCAUGUUGCCUCCCGGUGAAGAUACUAUCUGGGCCUCUUGUCUUGCUCCAUGCAGCAAAGAGCACCCCUACAGGAUAAGGGCUCCCAUCUGCCCCAGCUUGGUGGAGAGCAGUGGUGUCUCUCCGGGUGCUCCGUGAAGCAGUGCAGUUCUAGCUCAGUGGUAGGGUUAGGCAGCAUCUCUUGGUAGGAGAGACUUCGGUUCUGGAGGGUGCACACCUGGGGAACAUAUUGUUUCCACCUCCUGUGUGUUUUGACAGAGGUCCUACUGCUUUACGUGUAUGCCAGGAGCCUAGAACAGGAGGAUUAGAGGGGAAGGGAGUUAGUCUCUCUGCAGUCGUUUCUGAUGCUGCCAACUUCUGCCUUCUUUUAGUAGCUUCAGUCAGCCAUGAUCUUACAUCUAGUAAUGUUCUGGAUUACAGGUUGUUCACUAGGCAGGUAAGAGGUGGGAGGGAUCUUGGACAUAGGGUCGAUGCUCUGUGUACUUCAAACCAAAUAAAGAAUUCCAAAGCCAGAGCUGUUCGGAGUAGAAGUGAAAUGCAUGCUGCAUCAAAGUGGCAGUGCCUGCGUUUUUGGAUUCUGUUUUUGCCUAUUUCUGUAUUGGUGUUGUGUACUCAGCACUGAGGCUCUCUGCAAAAUGGAUUGUUUCUACUGGACCGAGUUUUGAGAAGUGUAGCCAUUUCCAGGAGGGAAGAAAAAGAUGCUUGGAAGAACUGAUAGAUACAUGAGUCUUUCAUUUCUGUAUGCUGCACUUCAUUGGCUUGAAACUGAAGAAAAUACCUGUGUUGUUGAAAUGAUUCUUUAAAUGUCCUUGCUGUGGGAUUUCAGAGCAGCUCAAGUCCAUGUGUGUUGUCAUCUGCAUCCAGUUAUGUGACGUUUAUUCCAUCUGAGUGGAAGAACUAACAGCGUAGUUAACUUCUGUUUUAGCUCUUUGUUCCUAUGUAUAUUCUUAAUCUGAAGCCUUACAUGCUCAAAGAGAUGAAAAUGAGAAACUGCCUGUACUACUGCAAUGGAAGUUGUUGCCUGUUGUGAUGUUUUUGGCAACUUACUGGCUCGACUGCUGGUUUGGAAGGGUGAAAGUAAAGUAGCUGAGAAAGAAA